AUGAGUACUUCCUACGAAGUUUCUGGAAGUGGAGAGAGGAAAAGUGUGAUCAAGCAUUGUUGUUUAUGUUGCCGCUGGCGUGGUGGACGUAAAUUUACGAAGCGUCACAAGGGGAAUAAUGCAUUAGCUUUGAGCUCGGCAGAGGCGCACGAUCCUACCGAUGAAUGUAUUGACACUGACGAAGAGCUGGAAUCACAACAGCCUUUGUACAGGAAAAUCAAAGUAUGGACUCAAACUUUCAUCAUGGACACAUCAUCACAAUUAUACUACCGAUGGAUCGGUUUGAUAUCACUGACAGUUCUCUACAACUGCCUCAUCCUUCCUAUGCGCACCGCCUUUACGCAAUUCCACGAACUUUCUCCUCCCGUUUGGAUGUUCAUAGACUACUGCAUUGACUCACUCUACCUCCUCGACAUAUGGGUUGGCUGCAGAACAGGUUAUCUCGAGGAGGGUUUGGUAGUGACUGAUGUAGUCAAGUUACGCAACGCCUACAUCAAGAAAUCCGAUUGCCUCAUGGACGUGUUUGCCGUUCUACCAACGGAUCUGCUCUACAUCUCGCAGGCCUUCACACAUUAUGCGGCUUGGCUGCGCUUGAACCGCCUCUUGAAGACCUACAAAGUCUUUGAAUUUAUUGCACGUACUGAGACGCGAGCCUCUUUUCCAAACAUGUUCCGUGUGAUCACCCUCACUGCAGGCAUUCUCAUUCUCAUCCACUUCAAUGCCUGCAUCUUCUUCGAAGUUAGCACACAAACAGGACUUUGUGGAAACUCCUUUGUGUACCCGCCUCGUUCCACUGACGAUAUCACAGAUGAACCCUGCAAUCUUACAGAGCGAUGGCAGUCAAUUUUCGCUCAAUACACCUACAGCUUCUAUUGGUCAACGCUGAUUCUCACGACAAUCGGCGAGACUCCGAAACCAGUUCGAGAUGGAGAGUAUAUUUUUAUCACCAUCGACUUCCUUGCUGGUGUCCUCAUCUUCGCCACGGUUGUUGGCAACGUUGGAGCCAUGAUAGCAAAUAUGAAUGCACAAAAGACGGCAUUCCAAGCACAAAUGGACAGCGUCAAACGCUAUAUGGAAUAUCGCAAAGUGAGCAAGAAUCUGGAGCGUAGAGUCAUACAGUGGUUCGACUACCUCUGGUCGAACAAGCAAUCCCUAGAGGAGGAGAACGUUCUCGCGAUUCUGCCAGAUAAACUGAAGGCUGAAAUCGCCAUACAUGUGCACUACGAUACACUCAAACGCGUCAAGAUAUUUCAGGAUUGUGAUCCCGGAUUGCUGGUGGAACUAGUCCUGAAGCUGAAGCUCCAGAUUUUUUCCCCAGGAGAUUAUAUUUGUCGCAAGGGUGAUAUCGGGAAGGAGAUGUACAUUGUUAAACGAGGAAAAAUAAGCGUAGUUGCAGAUGAUGGCAAAACAACGUUUGUAACAUUGGGUGAGGGCACGGUGUUUGGCGAGAUCUCCAUCCUCAAUAUCGCCGGCAAUAAGACGGGGAAUCGUCGGACAGCAAACGUCCGCUCUGUAGGCUACUCCGAUCUAUUUUGUCUCAGCAAAGACGAUUUAUGGGAAGCCCUGACGGAAUACCCUGAAGCGAAGGAAAAACUCAUGGAGGCCGGUCAACAGAUGCUGAGGAAAGAUAAUUUACUGGAUGAAGAACUCCUUCGCAGGGCCGAAGAGAACAGAGAAACUAUAGAGGAGAGGGUCAGCCGAAUUGAUGCAACACUAGAGCAGAUAGGCACUAAAUUAGCUCGGCUAAUGGGCGAAUACGGAGCAAGCCAGGGAAAAAUAAAGAGAAGAAUAACUCGACUUGAAAACCAGCAAUUCAAGUCGCUUCCAACGAGUAUUGAAACCGAAAAGACCCAUUAA